AUGGCUGUGUCGUCUUCCCGCUCGAUGGACUAUCUGGAGAGUUUGCCAGGAACCGUCUUCCGCAGACUGUACCAGCAGCCAUCCACGGCUCUAGCUAUCUUCCGGCGAAUGUUGCCGUACCUGGCGAAAUGUUUCGUCAUGGCACUUCUCUAUCUGAAGGAUCCACUUCCUGCUGCGGAUCUUGAACUAUGGGUGAAGUCGGAGAGCAAACGUGAGAGAGAUAAUGCAUUGUCGAUAUUGGGUCGACUCCAUAUCCUCUCAAAUGCCACUACCACGGAUCAUGUUAGAGCAUACGUGGUAACGGAGCCGUUCGCAUCGUCGCUUCGACAAGCCCUCACAGGAGGAGAUAAGCAGCAAUCUUUCGGAGUACCAUCUGUAACCCCGGAUGCAAAUCUUAUGACUGUUGCUCAGCUGGACGAAUAUGCCAGUCGCCAGUGGGAAGGCGUUUUAGGGUACAUGGUUGGGACGAGCGUCUUAGGAGCCCAGCAAACAGUCACAUUAAGCAAGGGUGUGAAACAGCUCCUUCAAGCCUGCCAUCUGGUGGAAGUCCAUGACCGCAGAGUCGAUAUUACAAAAGAGGGCUUCGCCUUCGUCCUACAAGACGUCAACACCCAAGUUUGGAACAUCUUAAUCCUCUACGUCGAAAACGCCGAACAGAUAGGCUUAGAAAGUGUCGAGGUCCUCUCAUUCCUCUUCGUCCUCAGCAGCCUAGAGCUCGGGCAGUCGUAUGAGAAGAAACACCUCACAUCCACUCAACUCAAGACUCUCACGGACCUCACCGAUUUCGGAAUAGUAUAUCAACACUUCCCCCCACAAGAAGCAACCCGUUUCUACCCCACCAGGCUCGUAACAACUCUUACUUCUGACUCCGCUACACUCGGAAGCUCCAUAUCCACCAGUCUCACAGGCCCAAGCGGUCCUGCUGCCGCGAACUCCAGCGAACCCAGCACCGGCUUCAUUGUCAUCGAAACCAACUACCGCCUAUAUGCCUACACAUCUUCCCCCCUGCAAAUUUCUCUAAUCGCCUUAUUCACAACUCUAAAAUACCGCUUCCCCAACCUUAUCACAGGAAAAAUAACGCGCCAAUCCAUACGACGCGCCGUCGAAAUGGGAAUCACUGCAGACCAGAUAAUCUCUUACCUAACUACCCACGCCCAUCCGCAAAUGCGCAAGUACCACGCAUCAAAAUCCUCCCAUACCGUUGGCGCCCCCGCUGUGCUCCCGCCCACAGUUGUAGACCAGAUCCGCCUGUGGCAGUUGGAGCGGGAUCGAAUAAAGGCGACGCCAGGUUUCCUUUUUAAAGACUUUGUCAGUCUGGCAGAGUUCGAUGGGCCGUGUAGGUAUGCAGAGGAGAUUGGGGUGUUGGUGUGGAAGUCUGAGAAGCGGCGAAUGUUUUUUGUCACGAGGCAUGAGCAAGUUGCGGCGUAUUUGAGGAGCAGGGCUGGGAAGAGCUAA